ACUUUCACUUCCGUCUUCACUACCAGUACAUUUAGCUAGGGUUUCAGAUUGCUGCAAAGCAAGCCGCCAUGGCCAGCAAGAUGGCACGCCAAGUAGCUAUCAAGUCAGGCGGCGACGUGUUCCAUGAGAUCUUCAGAGAUAGGCCUCACCAUAUCUCCAAUAUGGCCCCGGCUCACAUCCAGGGUUGUGCUUUGCAUGAAGGUGAAUGGGGCAAAGUUGGCUCCAUCAUCUUCUGGAACUAUACUCACGACGGGAAAGGGAAGGUUGUUAAGAACGUGAUAGAGGCAGUAGACGAGGCAAACAAGUCGGUGACAUUCAAGGUGAUUGAAGGAGAUCUGAUGCAGCUGUACAAGAGCUUCUCCGCCACAGUUCACGUGGACACAAGUGGCGUCGACAACCUCGUCACAUGGACCUUCCAAUACGAGAAGCUCAAUGAUGGUGUCGAAGAUCCAAACACACUCAUGGACUUCUGCAUUAACGUCACCAAAGAUAUUGAGGCUCACCAUCUCAAGUAAUUAAAUGAUAAUUAAGACCAUGAUGAUGCCUAAUAUAUAAAUAAAUAAAUAAAUAAAUAAAGGUUUGGGAGUAGUGUUCGUGGAAUAAAAUUAAGCACGCAUGAGUGUGUGGUAAAGUGCGUCUGCCCCCAAUUAAUGAACUUUUCUGUUUUGCAUGUAUAAUUAUUUCACUUGUGUAAUCAUAAUCUACGUACUUGUUUGUGUGAUGUUGAGUUGAGCCUUAUGCACAAUCUCUUAUAAUAAUUUUAUAAUAUUAAAAACAAUUUCAAGCCUUUACGUCGUCUAA